AUGUUACUUGUAGGCGGAGAUAACUGCGUGCGCGGCGUGGUUUCGCUGCCGGGCAGCCCGCGGGGAAACAGCGUCUCUGAACCCGUCGUGGGCUCCGCAGAAAGCCUCGUUACCAGGGUAUUAGCUGAGCAAGGUCUCGCUGCAUACUGCGAUCCAGAAUUCGUGAGAAAUACAUCUAGAGAGAUGCAAGAGGCGUUAGAAAUGACCCAGGAGCAAAUGGACAGAGCCGCUCAUCAGUUAAUGUUACAAGAAAGAAAUUUGAAGCAAGCACACAACCAACAAUCACAAGUUGGCGACAUCAUAGCUCGCCAGUACCAUCCCUUCCAUCAGCCCGCUACGAUGCCCCCUCCAGCCUUCAAGCGGUUAUAG